CUUGUGAGGGGAUCCGCCAAGAAUACUACCAUCCGGCAUCUAGAUUCCGGUCGACACUUUCCGCUUCCUCGGGGUCGUGCCGCAAAACUUCUGUCCUUUUCCCGUGAGAUGUUCUGACCCUCUUGUCUGGUUGAGCCGGCCUUGUGUUAGAACACUCGGCUGUUGGAGGCUUCUCUUGUCUUUACCUAGUUUAUACGACCCUGACUUCUCUUCUGGGGUAAAACAUAUCUCGCAUACUACCCUAGUCCGACCUGCAGCGGUCGACAACUUCCCGUUUGGGUAAAGAUGGUCCUCCCGUUCUUGACUGGCUCCCGGCGAGGGCGGUAUCUCAGCAUUGCCAUCCUCAUGACCGUGUUCGUUGUUUGGUUUGGAUAUCAGACGCCCCUAUCAACUAUCCGCCAGGACCCCUUUGAUUUGCACAAGCCCCCGUCCGGAGCGCCCACCGCCGCAAAACCUCCUCAUGAUGAUCACACGACGUCCCAACAUGACGAUACCCAGGAGGUGGAGAAAGCUGAUAACACCUUUUACCCACCAACAUCUGUGGCCGGGGAUUUCGACGAUGAGAGCAAUGGGUCCAAGAAUGAGCCGGUCGAUGAUGACAGCACCACUACGGGAUCAACUGAGAUAACCGAGAGUACGGACACCACGGAGACCAAGGAGACCACAGAGACCGGGGAAACCACGCAUAGCACGGAGACCACGGCCACGGAAGCAGCCGACUCAACUCCCACGCCCACACUCGAGUGCGUCGACUUCGAGACGCUGCAGAGACAGAGGCCCGGACCACCCUCUGAAGGUAGACGCCAGUUCCCCUACGUCCGCCCACCGCCCGAGUGCAGAACGUUCCACCUCCCUGCUCUGGAGGGGAUGCUCGAGCGCAUGAAGAAAGUGAUCCAGGACCCGGAUCUGUUCCGGUUGUUCGAGAACAGCUACCCGAACACGCUCGAUACCAUGGUCAAGUGGCGCGGCUUCGCGAAGACGAAAAACGAGACUACUGGCGAGGAGACCGAGACGGACGAGGAGCUGACGUACGUGAUCACGGGUGACAUCGACGCCAUGUGGCUACGCGACUCGGCAAGCCAGGUGUACUCGUACCUGCCCCUCCUAGAAGCUUCGGAGGACGCGGACUCGCUGGCCAGCCUCUGGCGCGGCCUGAUCAAUUCGCACUCGCGAUACAUCAUCAUUUCGCCCUACUGCCACUCGUUCCAGCCGCCGGCCGAGAGUGGAAUCAAACCAACACCCAACGAGGCGUACCGCCACAACCACCCCAUGCCGGCGUACGACCCGGAACUCGUCUACGAUUGCAAGUGGGAGCUUGACAGCCUGGCGUCCUUCCUCCAGAUCAGCACCGCCUACUACACCCGCACCGGCGAUCUCGACUUUUUUGGAAAGUACUCCUGGGUCAACGCCGUGGAAGCCGCCGUCGACGCAUCUGCUGCCAUGCGUCUGGGAACUUACGACGAAGAAGGCCGCGUUCUCCCAUCGGCUUGGACUUUUACGGGCUGGACAAACCGCGGGUCCGAGACCUUGACCAACGACGGUCUCGGAAACCCGGUCAAGGAGAACGGCAUGGUGCGCUCGGCCUUCCGCCCGAGUGACGACGCCUGCAUCUUCCAGCUCCUGACACCCAGCAACAUGAUGUGGGCGGCCUACCUGGAGCAGGCGUCUGAGAUCAUGCAGGGGCUGGCGGACGGAGAGCUCAACGACAAAGCGGCCAACCUGACGAUUGAGAUGCGCAAGCUCGCAGGGACCAUCCGCCACGGUAUCGCGCUCGACGCCGUAGUCACCCACCGCGACUUUGGCGAGAUAUUUGCGUACGAGGUGGACGGGUACGGCGGCGCCAACCUGAUGGAUGACGCCAACGUCCCCUCGCUGCUGGCCAUGCCGCUGUGGAACUACACUCUCCCACUGAAGGCGAGCAAGCAAAUGACCAAGUCGGUGAAAAAUGCGGCCCAAGACGACACCACCAGCACGACGGAAACAGCAGACGACACCAAGCCGUCAGUGGUACCGCGAACCGACACCACCACCACCACAGAAACCGAAGACGACGACACCGAGCCAUCAGCCCUCCCCCGAACCGAUUCCACCACCAGCGACUCCGUCGACGACAGCACCACCACCAGCACCACGACGGUAAAAGACCACGACUACGCGCAAAUCUACCAAAACACGCGCAAAUUCGUCCUCAGCCUCGCCAACCCCUACUUCGCCCAAGGCCCGGCCCUCUCCGCCGUCGGCGGCCCGCACGUCGGCCCGGGCAAGGCCUGGCCGAUGGCAGCCACCAUCGCGGCGCUGACCGCCUUCGAGGACAUCACGGGGCUCGACUCGCAAGAGGCGCGCGACGAGGCGGUCGCCGAGCAGCUGUUCGCCGUGCUCAACUCGACGGCCGGCCGCGGGGUGGUGCACGAGACGGUGGAUGCGUGGAAGGAGGACCGGUGGACGCGCUCGUGGUUCGGGUGGGCGAAUGGCCUGUUUGGGGAGCUGAUUAUUCGGAUUGCGGAGGAUGAGGAGAGAAGGGGGGUGCUGGGUGGGGGGGAAGGGUUGUUGGGGCGGUCGUGGCAGGAUUGAGAGGGAGUUGGUGGAGGGACCUCAGUCGAGUGGUGUGAGUUGGGAGGUGUGGAGAGGCUGUCUGUGCUUUUAUGUGGGGAUGCGAUGUGUGUGUGAGCAGCACACUUUUUGACGUUGGAUUAUCAG